AAAUUUUUGUCAUGAGAUACAAAUGAAUAGUUGCUAUCGAUAUCAUGCUGGAACAAAGCUUGUCAGCAGUUUCUUCCUUUUAUGAGUGGAGAGAAAUCGUUCAUCCGUGUAGCCUUUGAGCUAAAUUAUUCAUUCAGCUAAAUUGUCAACAACUUUUUAGGUCUUGAGUUUUGCUUUCCCGAACGAAAAAAAUUCGAUCGUCAGAAAUUUGUUCCUUCGUCAAUUUGCUAUUUUUCUGUGUAGUGAAGAAGGCUACUUUAUGCACAGUCGUUUUCGACGAAAACAGUCGAAGUAAAAGAGUAUUUAAUGUCUAUACUUCAUUGCUAGACGACCAUAAGUUACUCUGAAUAAGAUAAAAAAACAGCUGCCAAGCGUUGGAUAACUUUGUACCACUAGCGCUUUUGCACUAUGUCGGUGACGAAAAAACGAACAACUGAGAAGUGACAGAGAAAAAAAUCAGAAUGGUAUACUUAGUCUGGGAGUUAUCAGAUUUCUUUUGCGACACUAUUAGGAGAUAUCUAUGGAGUACAGAAAUUUGCCUUGUCAACCUUUAGGCGCUGUGUUUUGGUAGAGGAUUUUGAGGGAAUGAACCAGCAAGUGUAAACGCGCCUUGCGUGUUGUAAGGUGGGGAAACUCGGCUGCAAAUGAAGUAUUGUUACAGCUGAAAUACCUAACUCCUUAGCUGUGCCUCUAGUGGAGUUAUCAUUGGCCAAUUCUGCGCUUGCAUUGACAGGAGCAAUUCUCUGGUUUCGAAAUAAUUUGCAAGUUUUAUUUCAGAUUUUAUCCAUUAGUUGCAACUUUUAAAAAACCAACCCCAGAAAUGUUGAAGCGGUUUAUUGAUGCGUUACUGUCGAGGAAACAGCAACCAACUCAAGUAGAUGGUAAACCACAAAGUUCCGUUCCCGAGAAAGCGAGCGAGAACGAACCGCGAGAAGAUCCUCUCGGUGAAGAAUCGAGACCUGAAGUAGUGGAGGAAUCUCAACAAGAAGUUGUACAAGGAAAGAAAGACGAACAAGUUAAACCACAGGAAGAGGAGGCGAAGAAAGACAAAGGAAGAGAACAGAGUGGAUCAGGCGAAGAAAGCACGGCUCCCAGUAAAGACGAAGAACAAACUCAGCAACCGGCUGAGAGUGAAGUGAACGCCGAGGCCGCAGCGGAAAGCAGCGGUAGUGAUAAACCUGAUGUUGAGCAAGUAGAGGAGCAGAAUGAAGCUGUGAAAACAGAGGCGCAAGAAGGAACUGAAAGAGAACCAGAAGUAGCAAAGGAAGGUGAAGAGGCGGCUGCACCAGUGGACGGAGAAACGCCAUCACAAGCAGAAAACGCAGAAGAGAUGCCAGCUGCUGCUGAUCAAACACAGCAAUCGCAACCCGCAGCCGAAGAAUCUAAACCUGCGGAGGAAGAAUCACAACCAGCGGCCGAGGAAACAAAACCUGAGGAACAAGUAGCGCAACCUGCGCCUGAAGAAGCGAAUCCUGCGGCCGAAGAAGCGAAGCCCGCGGCCGAAGAUUCGAAUCUAGCGGCUGAGGAAUCAAAUCCCGCAGAUGGAGAACCUCAAGCCGACGAACAGCAAGCAGCUGAAGAGCCGCAAAAAAGCGAAGAAGCGACACCGCAAGAGGAAACACCGGCUAGUGAGGACAGUUAAGAAUGUAUUGGGUUCCCGUAAAAACAGUGAACGCCUAUCAUUUCACGUAAUUUUACAGUCUGGAACUGUACACAAAAUCCUUGUCCACGUAGGUUCUUAAGGUGGACAACUCUAUCCAGUGGUUAAAUUUCUAUCUUGUGGAUAGUGUAGUACGUUUUGUAAGCACUUAUCCGCUGGAUAAAGAUUUAUCUGCUGGACAGCUUUAUCUAUCGUUCGAAAAACUGGGUUCUGAAGCAUGACCCUUUUUACCAUGAAGGUUUUACGUAUCUAUGUAUUCAGAGACACAGGCCUUGAGAAGAUCUGUUGAAUCUGAAUCAGUAAUUACAGCUUUUAUCAUACACAAGGUUUACUUGAAUACAUAUCGGCAAAACAGUAAAUCGUCACUCUAGUAACACCAAACCUAAAAACAUUAAACUCAAAAUAAAACACACAAAUCUAAGUUUAACGCAAGAUAAAAUACUAUGUAUUUAAAAGAGAAGGAAAGUUUUACCUUAUGAAAUAAAGAAAUAGAGAUUGAUAUUUUGUAAGUGUUGAGAAAUCUGAUAAA